AUGCAUCCCCACGAAACUCCUCACCAUUACAAUCACUUAGCAAAUCUAGCUAUCUCAUCAUCUCUGCCUGAGCUCACUACCACUACUAUUGCUAGCUCGAUCGAGAUGGCCCGUUCUGCUGUUGCUCAGGUCGUGCUCGUCGCCGUGGUGGCUGCUAUGCUCCUCGCAGUCACGGAGGCGGCUGUAUCGUGCGGUCAGGUGAGCUCUGCCUUGAGCCCCUGCAUCUCCUAUGCACGCGGCAACGGCGCCAGCCCAUCUGCGGCCUGCUGCAGCGGCGUUAGGAGUCUAGCCAGCUCAGCCCGGAGCACCGCUGACAAGCAAGCGGCGUGCAAGUGCAUCAAGAGCGCUGCUGCUGGGCUCAACGCUGGCAAGGCCGCCGGCAUCCCCACAAAGUGCGGCGUUAGCGUCCCUUACGCCAUCAGCUCUUCGGUCGACUGCUCUAAGAUUCGCUGA